UCUUCGAAAGAGCUUCUUCCGAGUCCACUUUUCGAAACCGCGUGGGUGGCAUUGUUCGGAGGUUUUUUUUUCCUUGUCUUGGUCUGUCUUUGCCACGUUAUGUACCUAUGCGUGUUGUCUGUCAUGUUACGCGGAAGUUCUCCGCUCUUGAUAGGGCGCUCGGAGAUUUGGGGGCAAGACAAGCAAGGCUACGAGUGUCAAGUUCCUUGUUGGAUGGAUAGAUGGAUGGAUGGAGAACUUGGGUAUUCCCCAUGGAGGUGGUGUUCGGUACUUAAAGCAAAGUCUCCUUGGAAUCAAUCAAUCAAUCAGGCUGCUCGGUCCGAUUAUAGAAAAAAAUCCGGGAAGUUGGAAACAAAGGGCUCUUCUGAUUGUGGGGAACGGAGGAAAGAGAGAUCGGGGGCGGAUUGGGCAUGUUGAAAGAAGGCGAGGCUCGAAGGCGAAAGCCGGGAGAUUUGACAGUCGUAUCUUGACGAGUCAGAGGAGAGGGGACGGAUUGUUGGUAGGUUUGGCGGGGUCAUCGUAUCUCUUUCAUCUUGGUUUUGUUUGAGAAGUUGGAAGGGGGGUUUCGCCUCUUACUCAGGG